UCCGCCAGAAGCGGAAACUGAAAGGAACACCGAGAGGGGGCAGAAGACAGGAGGACUUGUGGGUCACAGAGCCACUCAGCCAUGCUGGGAGCCAAGCGACACUGGCUACCGGGUCUCCUACCCAGCCCCAGGCUGCCCUUGGCCCUGAUGCUUCUGGCUCUAGGGUGCGGGUGGGCCCAAGAGGGGGCAGAGCCUGUCCUCCUGGAGGGUGAGUGCCUGGUGGUCUGUGAGCCUGGCCGAGCUGCUGCAGGGGGGCCUGGGGGAGCAGCCCUGGGAGAGGCGCCCCCUGGAAGAGUGGCAUUUGCCGCAGUCCGAAGCCACCACCAUGAGCCAGCAGGAGAGAUCAGCAAUGGCACCAGUGGGGCCAUCUACUUCGACCAGGUCCUGGUAAAUGAGGGUGGUGGCUUUGACCGGGCCUCAGGCUCCUUCGUGGCCCCUGUCCGUGGUGUCUAUAGCUUCCGGUUCCAUGUGGUGAAGGUGUACAACCGCCAAACUGUUCAGGUGAGCCUGAUGCUGAACACAUGGCCUGUCAUCUCAGCCUUUGCCAACGACCCUGAUGUGACUCGAGAGGCAGCCACCAGCUCUGUGUUACUGCCCCUGGACCCGGGGGACCGGGUGUCCCUGCGCCUGCGUCGGGGGAACCUACUGGGUGGCUGGAAAUAUUCAAGCUUCUCUGGCUUCCUCAUUUUCCCACUCUAAAGGUUCAAGCUUUUCAAGGACUGGAAUCUAACCCCUGACCUCUGA